GUUCUUGUUCUUGUGUUCUUGUCUAGAUUUUGUAACGUUCAGUUUCGCAGAUGCCUGGUAAAUGCAGUAGUGCUUGUUGAAUAGUGUUAAAAAGUUGUGAUACUAGUGGCUAAAAAAUGGCAGAUUUAGAUUCUUUAUCAGACGCAGAACUCAGAAAAAAAUUAGCAGAACAUAAUAUAUCUGCAGCUAUAACUGGAACCACAAGGAAGAUAUACAUCAAAAAGUUGAAGCAGUUGAUGGGCCAGGCGGAUUUGAAUGAUACAGCACCCAAUCGUAGCUCUGGAAAGUUUAGUUCUGGCGAGUCAAGUGAAGAUGAAUUGAAGAAACCUGCAACUCGUAGCAAGAAAAAUACUCCUUCAAAAGUAGUGAGUCCCACCGUCAAAACUACCAGACGCCGUUCUCCGGGCCGUGCUUCAGGUAAUUACAACGGCGAAACUCACACAUUCUCUGGCGACGAACAAGUUGAUAACGCUCAAGACACUCGUUCAAUUGAUACUUCAUAUGAAAACAGAAGUUCAAACAAGAUUUCUAGUCGACGAAGCUUGCAUCCUGAUUCUGAUUUAAGUAUUGGUCGUUCAAACAGUCAGUUACCUUCUUACGAAAAUGGCUUCAACAGUGCAAAUUUGGAGGGAACCAGAUCUUCGUUAUCAUCAAGUGCUAGCAGAUUGUCUAGAGGAUUGGAUGGUUCAAUUAUAUUCCCAUCGGCAAGUCUUUCUGAAGGCAGAUUCAAGUCAAGAUUCUUGAAUAACGACAAUGCUUCAUCACUCACCGCUAAACCACUCGGUGACAGCAAUUUCAUAUCCGAAUUGAAAAGUCGUUACGGUGCAAAUAAAUCAGCUUCAUCUACAUUCUCCAGUAGAUUUGGAAAUGAUGUCAAGGAAAGUGACGACGAAGAUCAUAUCGCAAACACUGUUACUCAGCCCACUAACGCCAGACCGAGAUACUACAAAUGGACCGCUGCAGAAAGUCCAUGGUGGAAGAAUUCGUCAGUGGUCUCCAUGAGUCUAGUUGCAUUUCUGGGCGUUUUCUUCUUGAUGAUAUUCCUCAUCUAUCUCGGUGCAGCACGAAAAGAUGCAUCCAUUUCCUCCCCAGAUACAAAUUUUCCAAUCUGUAGAGGGAACACUGCAGGAUCAGAGUGCAUAAUGCAUCAUGAAAUCCAACCACUGAUGGAGACGUUCCGACUGAUCUACAGCGAGCUGCACAAUCAUGUUGUGAAACACAAGUGUGAAAAUCCGGACAAGAAAACUGCUGUAAUGCUGCGACAAUUGUGCCAGUAUCUUAUCAAUAACGGAAAAUUGAACGUUUGGGACUUUGACGAUCGCGCUGACAACAACCUUCAAGUGUUGAUAAAAGCGAAUCCGCAGUGGGGUAUUUCAGUUGAUAACGACCUGUUGGACAUUCCGGAACCAGAUCUGCCCAUAGCCUGCUCAAUCAAAAACAAUUUUUACUACUUUUUUGGAUUAGUCGUCAAGCUUCUUCUGGGCAUUGCGUUGCUAUGGGUCGGCUACAAAGCGGUGGAAUGGCGCAUGAGCAAAGCCGACGAGCAUAAGAAGCAGGUGUUCAAGCUGGUCGAGCAGAUCAUUGCCAUUGUGUCGGCGCACUGCGCAUGCGCAGAAAACAAGUUCAUGGCCAUCAACCAUGUCCGCGAUCAGCUGAUACCGCCCCAGCAACGCACCAACAUGCAGAGCGUGUGGGACGAAGCGGUGACCUAUCUGGAGAGCAACGAGUCGCGCAUGCGCACAGAGGUGCAACUGGUGAGCGGGGAGGAGUUCCGGGUGUGGCGGUGGCUGGGAGGGGCUGGGGGCCCGCCUGGGGGGGCACAGGGGGCGCCGCGACGCAAGGUGUGGCAGGGCCAGGCGUUCGAGACAAUGGAGGGAAGCGUCAACUCGCUAUCCGUCAGUCCCACGCCCUGUCUCAAGAUCCGACACAUGUUCGAUCCCGAAGUGGAGACGGGUGUGGACUGGAUGAGCGACGUUCGCAACGCCAUCUUGGAGAAGUGCAGCUCGGCAAGUGUGGUGCACGUGGCUCUGGAUCGGGGUUCGUCGGAGGGGUGUGUCUACCUCAAGUGCACCUCCCCACAGGAGGCGGGCAAGGCCUAUCGGGCGCUGCAUGGAUCCUGGUUUGACAGCAAGUUGGUUACAGUGAAGUACCUUCGCGUGGAGCGCUACCACGAACGAUUUCCGGAGGCGGAGGGUCUCACCACCCCCCUUCACCCCACCAACAACAAGAAACAGUCGCUGCAGUGAUGUCACCAUCACUACCACCUCACCAACACAAACUAACGUGUGUGUUCGUGUCGGUGAGAACAACUAUAGUGCAAAUUGUUAUCACUAUUUUAGUCAAGUGACAGAUACAAGUAUAGGCUACAAAUAUAUGUAGUAAGAUUCACUUGAAACUGUCAGCUGUGGUUGAAUGGAAGGCUUUGAUGGUAUAAUGCUGACAGUUGAUAGGGGAUCUUACUAACCAGUGUCUUAAUAUUGGUGAGAACUGACCUAACUAGUGCAGAAAAUACUUGGUGAGAACUUCACUGUUAUCUUCAACGAUUUGUGUUGUAGUGAAGGUGAAGAUGUUAUAGAUAUCCGUAUUAAAAUAGACUAAAACGACUUGUUAAAUUGUCACACUUAUUAAAACAUGUCAAACUUGUUUUGGUUGUUAGGACAUCAACUCAGGAGUCCAGUUUACCCAUUUUUACAGUAAAUCUAAUCUCAGUUUACUAGAGACUGGUGCAACAACCGAAACAAGUGUCUAAAGUUUUCAGUGUCUGUGACAAUUCAAUGUUGUUUUAUUUUAUGUGAUAACUGUCUUUACUAGUGUUAUUGCCAUAAUUAAGAAGACUAUUCUAAUUAAAUUGUGUGGCCAGCAGAAUUUGCAUGGCGAGAUUUGUUUUUUACCAGUGCUAUCGCUGUAAUUAUUAAUGUUUUAAUUAAGUGACCGGUUGAGGCCGUUUUGCAAACAAUCAUUAAUCACUUAUUUUCUUUGACAUUUUCCUUCAAUAAUGUUGAUUCAUAUCUAAUUAAACAGAAAAAUGACAUUAAUAUAAUUGAUAGGAAAUUGAUUAUAUUUGGAUAGGAUGGAAUUAUUGUAUGAUUAUUUUAGUUUGUUUAUAAUGUCAUUUAUUUUUUAUCAUUUAUUAAUUAGAUCAAAUUUCCGAUUCCAUCAUUAAAGAUGAAAUAUUUCAUACUUGAAUGCCUUUAAUGCAUCUCAAAUGCCAUUAAAAUAUCAAUUUCAUCUUCAAAAAACAUAAAAUCAAUAAUUAUUCAGGAAUAAUAUUGAGAGUACUGGAAGCACAAGCAUAACACUCUUUUCUCUUAUAAUUGAAGCUCUUCUACUUAUGAUAGCAGAAUGAUGCUCCUUUAUAGUUUGACUGAAAUGAAGUUUGUCAUAUGGUGAAGUUUUGGAGUCGAAAGUUUUUAUAAUUUAUAGAUAUGAAAGAGGUUUUUUUUUGUAACACGCUGAUACCUUUGUUGUAUGAUCUGGAAUUUGUAACUACUCCAAAAUAUUCUGUGAAUGGUAAAUUUCAUGUACCUGGUGGCAUUUUUUUACUGGCGUGUUUCAUUGCUGCCGUCUAUUGGUCAGAUUUUGGAAAGCACUUUUCGUUCUCACCAAUGUUUGAAAUAUGUUUUUGUGAAUUUUGAAUCGGGUUAAAGAAUAUUGUUUGAAGUAAUAGUGAGGGAAAGCUUUUGUUUUAAUGUUGGAGUGACACUUCGAAAUCAUUUGUGCCUUUGAUUUUUCGAGGCGAUUAAUCGAGUUUCAUAUUCAGCCAUUGAAGGAAUAUGAUGUGUAAUUAUGUUUUUUAUGAAUGAUCAUGACUGCUAGUUUAGUGUAAAUAUUCUAAUGUUCAUUCUUGUUCUAUUUUUCUAUUAUUAUCAUACUGAUUAUUAGAAGUGUGUAAAUUACAAAAAACUUUAGUGUGCAUUAGAUUCUUUGACUCAUCCAAAAUAUCAUUUCAGAUAAUAUUGUCGAGUUUCUCAACAUGAAGCACCUGACUAACAUAAAAAUUCAAGAAUUCGUUACAAUUAAAGUACUGUUCAUAAAGUUUUUGUUUUGUUAGAGUAUUAGAACAACUUUUCUUUAAGUUUGGCCUUUUAUUAUUAUUUGACCUUUAAAUUAUUGAUGUAUUGUAGGCUAAUUAUAGCUCUCUCCUACAGGUGUUGAUGUAACUUUUGUUUAUUGUUGAAUUAUGCAUUAUGAGUCUGGUGUUAGAUUGUUGAAGAAUAUUAUCAUAUGUAUCUUUAACAUAUUAUUGCUUGAACAAUGAGCCUUAUUUAGCCUAUUCUAAAUCUAAAGUCUUACUAAUGUUGAUGUUCUGUCUUGAGCAGUGAUCUAAAUUGAAUUGAAGAUGGUUUAAUAUUUUUGAAUUGAAGUAUUUCCAUAUAUACUACAAUCAAUUGAAGGUUAUUUCAGAUUUGUCAUAUGAAAGAUGUUGAAAAAUUGGCCUUGAAUCUUGUUCAAUAGUAUUUCAAUUUAUUUUACAGCCUACCUUUAUUUGAUAUCCGUUCUCAGAAAGAAAUUUAAAUGUAUAUUUUUAAUUUGUGAAAAUUUAAUCUGUUAUUUUCAAUGAACUUAAGUGGAAAAACUAAUAAAUCUAUUUUCAUGGUUGAUCGUGAAAUUUCCAAUUGCAGGGAAUCCUUGUGAAUAUCAAACCUAAAAUUUGAAGCUAAUAGGCAUGUAGAAAAAUUAUCAUGUUGUAUCAACAGCACAACUAGUUUAUCCUAGUUUCUUUACAUUCUUACGCAUUAUAUUUAUUAAAUUUCCUUUUUAAAUUAUUGUACAUUAUUUUGUUUAAUAAUCUUGGUGUAAAUUACAAACUACAAUGAUUUUACUGUUUUACAACUAAACUGCCUAGAAUUUCUAUGAUGCAAUGCUAUGAUAUGAUUUACUUUUCUUUGAUUUUUUUCAAAAUAUCCGGAAAUGGAUAAGAAUUGUGUAGACUAAUUUUGGGAUAUAGUUUCAGGAUUUCCUUUCUCAUGUAUGUGUAUUAAUCUUCCUUCUGACACAGAUGAAUGAUAACCAUUAUUCCUUCUGAAUAACUUAUACAUCAUAGUAAGCACAUUAGUGAUAAUAAUUUUUCACAAGAUAAUUACAGAAAAGUAGUAAUUCAUAACCUAGAUCAUAUUUCUCUAGCUCAAUUCAUUUGUAUAUUUCUAUCCGAGUUAAUACUCAAAUGAAUAAUAAUUGUUACUUUCCUGUAAAAUUAAUGCUAUUAUAAAAUGUAAUUUUGUGAAAAUGAAGAGUUGUGUAUUUUUAAUAAAAACAUUGGUUAACGAUAGA